UCUGAACGCGCUGGGCUCCAGCUCAACGCGAAUGUCUCUUUGGAGUAAAGGGGACGUUCUAAUUGGUUUCUCAAUGAAAUCUAACCACCAACUCCCUGGAGUGUUCUGAGGAUUAGCACUCAACAUAUCCAGUCGCUUACCGCCCAAACAUCAUUUGUCUGUACCUUUCAGUUGAAUCAGCAGUAAGGACUGUAACAGGGUCGAAAAGGUCCACGCGUCGGAUUUUUAGUGCCAGGUGUCUACCUCAGAAACGAGACAGCUCGACCACAGCAUCCACCGGAUUUUCUUAUCGCCACUCGUACGCGGGAGAAAAGUUUGUGCCGAUUCUAAAAUGAGUGACCUCGAAGAGGACUUUGCCAAAAUCCUCAUGCUAAAGGAGGAGAGGAUAAGAGACAUGGAGAGACGCCUAGCCGAAAAGGAGGAAGAGAUCCAGGAAUUGAGAAGAAAACUCCACAAAUGUCAAUCCGUUUUACCAAGCGCUCAGAUAAUUGGACCUAGGACCCGGCGAGCCCAAGGCAUUUCGGCGGAACCUCAGACGUACAGAUCCUUCCAGGAUCUGACCAGUCAAGCCUUUCGGAAAUACGCAAAGUCUGACAAGUCCAAGGAGUUAAUCAAGGAAGCUAUUCUGGACAACGACUUCAUGAAGAACCUUGAGAUUUCUCAAAUCCAGGAGAUUGUAGACUGCAUGUAUCCAGUGGAAUACGGGAAGGAUAGCUGUAUCAUCAAAGAGGGUGAUGUGGGAUCACUGGUGUAUGUUAUGGAAGAUGGAAAGGUGGAGGUGACCAAGGAGAGCAUGAAGCUUUGCACCAUGGGUCCUGGAAAAGUGUUUGGGGAGUUGGCCAUCCUCUACAACUGCACUAGGACCGCCACGGUCAAAACCCUGACCAACGUGAAGCUAUGGGCCAUCGACAGACAAUGUUUCCAGACCAUCAUGAUGCGGACGGGGCUGAUCAAGCACGCCGAGUACAUGGAGUUUCUGAAAAGUGUACCUACCUUUCAAGGUCUACCUGAAGAGAUCCUGAGCAAGCUUGCCGAUGUACUCGAGGAGACGCACUACGACGACGGCGAGUACAUCAUUCGGCAGGGCGCCAGAGGAGACACCUUCUUCAUCAUCAGCAAGGGGAAGGUGAACGUCACGCGAGAAGAUUCACCCAGCGAGGACCCAGUUUACCUGCGUGCACUGGAAAAGGGAGACUGGUUUGGGGAGAAGGCCCUUCAGGGGGAGGAUAUCAGAACCGCCAAUGUCAUUGCUGCUGAAGCUGUCACUUGCCUGGUCAUUGACAGAGACUCUUUUAAACACUUGAUUGGAGGCUUGGAAGACGUUUCCAACAAAGGUUACGAAGAUGCUGGCGCCAAAGCAAAAUACGAAGCGGAGAACGCCUUCUUCUCCAACCUCAAGCUGGUCGACUUCAACAUCAUCGACACACUGGGAGUGGGAGGAUUCGGCCGCGUGGAACUGGUUCAGCUGAAGAGCGACGAGGUGAAGACGUUCGCGAUGAAGAUCCUGAAGAAGCGGCACAUCGUGGACACCAGGCAGCAGGAGCACAUCCGCUCGGAGAAGCAGAUCAUGCAGGAGGCCCACUCCGACUUCAUCGUGAGACUUUACAGGACUUUCAAGGACAGCAAGUACCUGUACAUGCUAAUGGAGGCUUGCCUCGGUGGAGAGUUGUGGACCAUUCUUAGGGACAGAGGUUCAUUCGAAGACUCGACGACUCGCUUCUACACGGCAUGCGUGGUGGAAGCGUUCGCUUACCUGCAUUCCAAAGGAAUCAUCUACAGAGACCUCAAGCCGGAGAACCUCAUUCUGGAUCACAGAGGCUACGCUAAGCUAGUGGAUUUCGGCUUCGCUAAGAAGAUUGGUUUCGGGAAGAAGACGUGGACGUUCUGUGGAACGCCAGAAUAUGUAGCACCGGAGAUCAUCCUGAACAAAGGGCACGACAUCUCUGCAGACUACUGGUCACUGGGCAUCCUUAUGUAUGAACUCCUGACUGGCAGUCCGCCAUUCUCCGGCCCUGACCCUAUGAAAACAUACAACAUCAUCCUGAGAGGCAUUGACAUGAUUGAAUUUCCAAAGAAGAUUACCAAAAAUGCUGCCAACUUAAUAAAGAAGCUAUGCAGGGACAAUCCUUCUGAAAGACUGGGAAACUUGAAAAACGGUGUCAAAGAUAUCCAAAAGCACAAGUGGUUUGAAGGCUUUAACUGGGAAGGACUGCGGAAAGGAACACUGACUCCACCUAUUAUCCCCACUGUCUCGUCACCAACCGACACGAGUAACUUCGACAGUUUCCCGGAGGACAGCGACGACCCUCCUCCUGACGACAACUCUGGCUGGGACUCAGAUUUUUAAGCCCUCCCCCACUCUCCCUCUGCCCCGCCCCAUCCCCCUUUCCCUGCUUCUGUGUAGCCUGGGGCAGCUUCAUCAGAGCUGCAGAAACAAAGAGGAAAAAGGAGAGAUAAUGGGGGGGAAAACUGCAAAAAGAAAGAGAAGGGGAACGUAAUGCUCUGGGUCACCAAAGAUGCCUUCACCGAUGCUGCCGCGGUCACCAGCGUAGCAUGGGCGCUAACGGGCUCCUCACGUCUACCACUAUGCUGAAAACCAUCACGGAGUCGGCCCUUUUACGUUAACGGAUAGUUUCGAGUUUGGUUUUUUUUGUUUUUUGUUUUGGGGGGGGGGGGGGAUUGAGCUGAAUUCACGCCCCCCACCCUGACUCAAGGCCCGCAUUCCAUUCCUGGCUGUGGAUUCCCGAGCUCCUGGAAGCUGAUUGUUCUGACAGCGUGCUAAGCUAGCAGCCUGCGGCUCGUGUGCGGAGUCUACCUGACUCAGACGUUUCUCACCUUUUCUGUUCUUCAGAGCCUCGGCGCUGUCUGGCUUCUCACAACACCGUCUGAGUCAAUUGUGACAGCCCUGAAUGUCAUUUUCAAGUCAACUUAAAUGGUAUAGUAUAAGUAUACACCAUACAGUAUAUGUAUAUAUUGCACAUAUAUAGAAGUACUUGUGACGACAUGCGUGCGCACACAUGCACAAGCAUACACACACACACACACACACCUCAGUAUAUAUGCGAUUUACCUGUGAAGCACAAAUUUAAUGUCCUUAUUUUUAUUUUAUAGGUCAAAACUGCAUUAGCCAUUAGCCUUUCACCACACUUGUUUCAUGAAGAUACAAGCAUUUAAGUACUGUGAUUUUUUUUCCGUUUUUUGCGACACUGAGUCGCCAGAAUUUGCCUUGAGCAACUGGGUAGCUUUAUAUUUCCUUUUUCUAUUAUGUUUUCGGCACAUAAAAAUGAAAAGGGAAAAUUUCAAUCUGGUAAAAUCUGACAAAGCUUAAAAAAUAUGAAUAAUAUACUAACAUAUCAUUAUUUCAUUACAUGAAUAAUGCACCACACCUAAAAUCUGAAGAUUUGGAGGUGAUGUGUGCAGCUCACCACAAGGGGGCAGACUAUGACAGAAGAAAAUGCUUGAUGUCAGACCAUCAUGACAAAAUCAGAAACUACAUGGAAAGCUUUUGAACAAAAUGACAGGCUUUAUACCUUCUAUGGUGCACACAAACCAGGUCUUCAUCUAAAAUGGUGAAAUUGCGAUUGCAGAGGAUGACCGAUUCAGAAUAGAUGUUCAGGUAGCAAGGGAACGCUCCUUAUUCCAAGGUAUUAUUUAACAUUCUUAUUCUAUUUUCACAUUAUACCCACUGUCAUUUCCCCCCUGCCAUUUAUUACUUUGCCAUUAUAUUUUAUUACUAAUUAUGGCUCUCUGAAGCAAAGAAAAUUGCAUCAAUUUGCUGAUAACACAAUAUUCAUCUGGGCAUGAUUCUUAUUCAACGUUCAGAUUUGACUUCCUGUGAGCAAGCAUCUACUGUAAGAUAGUGUCACGCAUUGAGUGGUGGUUUAAAGACUGCAGUUCUCCAGGCUCAAAAUAACACAUUCACUGUGCUGGAUAAACAGAUGGAGAAACCUUAUUUAUUGUUUGGACCAGAGGGAAAUAUUUCUGUAUAUAAAUAUUCAGUGCUAAUAUUUUGUGAUACAUGUACAACUUUGAAUUGUAAAAGUAUAUCAGGCAUUAUUAUAUGAUUUAAAUAUUUGACAAAUUGUGUUUUGUUUUUUUUGUCUUUUGGGUUUAUUUAAUCUGAAAAAAUGUCACAAUGUUAAUCAUCAACUCAACAGAAUAGGCUCCCUCAGUCUAGUUUAGUGAUCAUUACAUGGCUAUUUGGCAUUAUUGCAAGUGCCUUAAAUAAAUGGCAUCCAAAAAUAUCUUAAACGUUCGUUUCAAUGCUGCAUGACAAAGCCAGACACCUCAAAUUGUUGUCCUUUCUUAGCUUGUCGCUUUUUUAUGGUUCAGCUAUUUAUAUGCCUUUUUUCUUACAAUAAAAUGUAACUUUCAGAUGACACAAAGUGAACCCCUUCGUUUCUGUGGCCAAGCCUGUAAAUCUGUUUGUAUUCUGCUGCCUCAUUUCUGUGAAAUGUAAAACGAUUUGUGCAGAUUAACUUAAGACAAGCAACUCUUCAUACUGCUGGAGUCAGACGUAGCGCUACUUCACUGGGUGGUCUCACUUGGCAGUGUGUUGCAUGCAGUGAACACAAGACUGCAUUGAUAUGAUUUCCUUACAGGCGCCCAUGAACCUUAAAGGGAACGGCUAAGGGUCUUAGAUAUGGACGGGCUUAUACAAAGACCCUACUGCAUUCCGUGUGUACAGAAGAGCAAUACGCACAUCUUCCAACGCACCAGUUAUGCAGACUUUAAUCAUUACCAUCAGUUAAUUGCCCCGUCCUUCUCCCCCAAAGAUGAUGACAGGAUUGACGUCCACGGUAUCGCAGUCCAUGGUUUCUGAGCCCAUCGUCAAAGAGAGGGGAGCGUAGCUAUGCCGAAUCGACAGCACUGUAGGAACAUCGCAUCAAAUCACUUGUAUAUGCAACCUCUGGUGAAUGAAAAAGUUUCUUUCAAAAUCUUUCUCUUUUUGCUGGAACUAAAAGAAAUAAAAAUUGCUAUUCCUGCUACACACCAUAAGUGCAACAGAGAAGUUACCGUUGUCACCAUUCAAAAGCUCCUUGUUGUUCCUCAGUGUUUGUUACUUUGGUACUUUGAAUUUGUAGUCUUUCUGUUGUGGGUUUUUUCUAAUGGAAACUAAAUGAGUGAAUCCGUUGCAGUCAAUGUUGCCUGAACUAUGUAUUCUGUCAAAUAUACUGCAUUCCCUUAUGUUCUGUAUUUUUAUUGCUACUUUACUUGCCGAGUGCCUAUUGUAAACUUCACAAAACUUAAAUAAAUUCAAGUUACUA